GUCUUCUUUCUUGUCGCUUCUGAGUAUAACAAACUAGACUAGCACAUGGAUGGAUAGUGAGUUCACUCUCACUCAGCAUAUGUCAUUACCACGACGGAAGACAGAUUAGCAGCACAGAUGUUGGGCCAGCAAGCAAUGAGUGGUGCUGUUGGUUCCUGGGUUGCUCACCAUCUGGCCUCCAUUGACUGGCACCAUGAAUCCUACCCAGAGUUUCGUGAUUUCUCCGUUCUACCCUUCCUCGCUCUUUUCUUCCCUUCCCUCCGCAUCUUUCUCGACACCUUCGUCUUCGAGAAAGUCGCAAGACGAUUGAUUUUUGGAAGGGGACAUGAGACGCUGGAUUUUCAAACCAAGGAGAGAAGAAAAAAGAUUAGAAAAUUUAAGGAAUCAGCAUGGAAAUUCGUUUAUUUUCUAUCCGCUGAAAUUUUUGCUUUGUCUGUAAUAUAUGAUGAGCCUUGGUUGACUGACACAAAAUAUUUUUGGGCGGGGCCAGGGAAUCAAAUAUGGCCAGAGCAAAAGAUUAAAUUGAGAUUGAAGGGGCUCUAUAUGUAUUGUGCUGGAUUUUAUUCAUACUCCAUACUUGCUUUAAUAUUUUGGGAAACAAAGCGCUCUGACUUUGGGGUUUCCAUGAGCCAUCAUGUUGUUUCUCUUGGUCUCAUUGUGUUAUCAUACACUUUAAGGUUUGUUCGAGUUGGAUCAGUUGUUUUAGCUCUUCAUGAUGCUUCUGAUGUGUUUCUGGAGACAGGGAAAAUGUCCAAAUAUAGUGGUGCUGAGACAGUGGCUAGCUUUGCAUUUGUUCUUUUUGUUUUGUCUUGGACCAUACUGCGCAUCAUUUAUUUCCCAUUCUGGGUUCUUCGAAGCACAAGCUAUGAAAUUGUUCUCUGCCUUGAUACGGAAGAACACCAGGCGGAUGGUCCAAUUUAUUAUUACGUGUUCAAUACUCUUCUAUUCUUCUUGCUUGUUAUUAAUAUUUAUUGGUGGGUGCUGAUGCUUCGAAUGCUUGUCAAUCAAAUCCAAGCAAGAGGAAAAGUUAGUGAAGAUAUUCGGUCUGAUUCGGAAGAUGAACAUGAACAUGAAGAAUAAGCAGGAAAACAAGAUUGAAUAUAGUCACAUUUUGUUUAAAAUGGUAUCAUAUUUUACACGCACCCUGUACUUCUCGGUUCUUGUCACAUUUUAUGCCACGCCAUGAUGACAAUGUAAAAUUCACCAAUAGCAUAGUGUAAACACACGAAGUAGCUCAUCAAA